GGCUGCGGUCUCUGUCUCUUUGCCUCCCGACCCGGGGUUGCAGGGACGAGAGCGGUCGCGCCUCCCGCGGGCCACGGCUGCUCAGAGCAGAAACGGCCUGCUUGAUAUAUAAAUCUUGGUCGACAGCGUGGCUGCAGGCCUCUGGACUGGAAUUCUCCGUGGCUUUCUAAGUGGAGAGUGUCUGGUGUGUGCUGUCCUGGCUUGUGGCUUGCAUCAUGCCAGCCUUGUCAACAGGAUCUGGGAGCGACGCAGGUCUGUAUGAGCUGUUGGCUGCUCUGCCGGCCCAGCUGCAGCCACAUGUGGAUAGCCAGGAAGACCUGACCUUCCUCUGGGAUAUGUUUGGUGAAAAAAGCCUGCAUUCACUGGUAAAGAUUCACGAAAAACUCCACUACUACGAGAAGCAGAACCCCGUGCCCAUCCUCCACGGCGCAGCGGUCUUGGCCAAUGACUUGGCUGAAGAGCUUCAGAACAAGCCAUUAAACAGUGAGAUCAGAGAGCUGUUGAAACUACUGUCAAAACCCAAUGUGAAGGCUUUGCUCUCUGUACAUGAUACUGUGGCUCAGAAGAAUUACGAUCCUGUAUUACCGCCGAUGCCAGAUGAUAUCGAUGAUGAAGAAGACUCAGUAAAAAUCAUUCGUCUGGUCAAAAAUAGAGAACCCCUGGGAGCUACCAUUAAGAAAGACGAGCAGACUGGAGCCAUCGUUGUGGCUAGAAUCAUGAGAGGAGGUGCUGCGGAUAGAAGUGGUCUUAUACAUGUUGGUGAUGAACUUAGGGAAGUGAAUGGGAUUCCAGUCGAGGAUAAAAGGCCUGAGGAAAUAAUUCAGAUUUUGGCUCAAUCUCAGGGAGCAAUUACCUUUAAGAUUAUACCCAGCAUCAAAGAGGAGACUCCAUCUAAAGAAGGCAAGAUGUUUAUCAAAGCCCUCUUUGACUAUGACCCUAAUGAGGAUAAAGCAAUUCCAUGUAAGGAAGCUGGGCUUUCUUUCAAAAAGGGAGAUAUUCUUCAGAUUAUGAGCCAAGAUGAUGCAACGUGGUGGCAGGCAAAGCACGCGGAUGAUGCCAAUCCCAGGGCGGGCUUGAUUCCCUCAAAGCAUUUCCAGGAAAGGAGAUUGGCUCUGAGACGACCAGAAAUACUAGUUCAGCCCUUGAAAGUUUCCAACAGGAAAUCAUAUGAGGAAUCAGUUGAGUGUGAGGAAAUUAAAGAAGAUGCUGAAUAUGCUGGUAACCACAGUGGAACGUAUAUAGCUGGUUUUAGGAGAAGUUUUCGUCUUAGUAGGAAAGAUAAGAAAACAAAUAAGUCCAUGUAUGAAUGCAAGAAGAGCGACCAGUAUGACACCGCUGAUGUGCCCACAUAUGAGGAAGUGACGCCGUAUCGGCGGCAAAUGAAUGAAAAAUACCGGCUUGUAGUCCUGGUUGGUCCCGUGGGAGUAGGUCUGAAUGAACUGAAACGAAAGCUGCUCAUCAGCGACACCCAGCACUACGGAGUGACAGUGCCCCACACAACCAGAGCAAGAAGAAGCCAGGAGAGCGAUGGUGUGGAAUAUAUUUUCAUUUCCAAGCAUUUGUUUGAGACAGAUGUACAAAAUAACAAGUUCAUUGAAUACGGUGAAUACAAAAACAACUACUAUGGCACAAGUAUAGACUCCGUGCGGUCUGUCCUCGCUAAAAACAAAGUUUGUUUGUUGGAUGUUCAGCCUCACACAGUGAAGCAUUUAAGGACCCUAGAAUUUAAGCCCUACGUGAUAUUUAUAAAGCCUCCAUCAAUAGAGCGCUUGAGGGAGACAAGAAAAAAUGCAAAGAUUAUUUCAAGCAGAGAUGACCAAGGUGCUGCAAAGCCUUUCACAGAAGAAGACUUUCAGGAAAUGAUUAAAUCUGCACAGAUAAUGGAAAAUCAGUAUGGUCAUCUUUUUGACAAAAUCAUAGUAAAUGAUGACCUCACCGUGGCAUUCAAUGAGCUGAAAACAACUUUUGACAAAUUAGAGACAGAGGCCCACUGGGUUCCAGUGAGCUGGUUACAUUCGUAACUAAGGGAAACUCCCACGAUCAGCGUUUUGUAGAGUGCAUGAUGAAAUCUGUUACUGUCCCGGUGGCAGGGUUUGUUAGUCUAUGUCACUGCUGUAGACAUGCAGUCUUGCUUAAAACUGAAUGUUGGUUUUGUUUGUAUCUUUCUCCAGCCUUACUUCAAGCACAGUAUUUGAGUAGAAGAUCCAGAAUCAAAAUUUGCAUAGUACCAUCUUUUGAGCAGAGCUUUUGAACCUUUUGGUUGUCUUUAACAUACAGCUGUAUCUCCAAGAGGAGGUUGGACUUUUCAGGGAGAAACAGCCAGGGAAUUGAUACUGGAGGUGUGCUUCGUUGGGUCUCAGAUGUGGUCCCUCCAUCAAGUCUGGACGCUCACAGCUGAAGGUAUGACCUUCACAGCCGUGAGCAGCUCCAGGCAAACAGGACAGCUUUGCCGUUCUUCCGAUGGGUCACUAGGCUCACCUGGGCUGACAGUAAGGCAUCCUCUUACUAUUCUAAAAGCGCAACCUUUUUCUUACAUAUCUACAAUAUAGUCAGUGUAUUUAAGGAAUUAUGACACAUUUGCCUUAGUGAGUGGCCUGCAUGUCAUAGCUUGAGAAGGCCUCUUAGGACUACGGAUCAGUGUCUCAAAUAUUUAAUGAGGGAAGGUAAAACUUUUUAAAAUGAUUGUAUUUGUCACUAAAAGCCCUUCCUUAAUGGGAUUAGUCUUUGUAAGUAAGGUUGGUGUUCUCUUGGGGCAAGUCAUGAUUACAAAGGACAUUUUUAUUUGUAAAUCAUCAGACAGGAUUUCUGCAGUCACCAUCCAAUAAAUCAUAAGAAUGUGAUUCCUAUUCCAAAAGUAGGUGUUUUACCUGUUACCAAUACAGUUAAAAUGUGAUCAAUUUUCACAUGUGCAAUUGAUCAUAUAUUUUAAAUUGCACUAAGAUGUAUUUUAGAAAACUUUCUGUGUAAUGUUAACUUACCUCUUCAUCAUCAAAAUAAUUCUUAACACUGGUCAGGUGCCAUCCUAAUCUUACCAUUUUUAAAGAAUUAUAAGAAAGACUCUGUAUUAUAAAUAUUUAGAUGGGUUCUCAUUUUUGCUUCUUGCUACUGAACUUCAGCAAAUAAAUCACAUAGCUCAAGAUACUAGAAAGGGCCGUAAGUUGUAUAAGAGAACAUGUCUUGCCGUUCUUGCAUGCACUAAGACCCUGCCAAUCAAAAAUCAUUGCAUCUGUGACUUUCAAACAGAAAAUAUUUUUUGUUGAUUUGUAAAGAGUUUAGAUGUCAUGUUUAAAGAAAAAAUAGAAUGUAGUGAAAUUUUAUAUAUUUAUGAAAUCUCUCAAAGGCAUAUUUUUUUAACAAUCAAAUGGAGCUAUUCAUAAAUUGUAUGUAAAGAUGUCAUAAUUUAAAAUAGUUUUAUAAGUCAGGGUCAACAUUCCAUGUAAAUAUUUGACCUUUGUUCAUACACAGAUCGACCCUCAAGUGUUAUACGCGCACCACCACUUGGU